AUGGAAUUUUUGCUUAGUGCUUGUAAAGAUAAAGAUGCUGGUAAAACCAAUAAAUGGUUCUAUUUACGGCCAGAUAGAGGGAAUUGUGAAAUUAUUCAUGACUUGAGGCAUCAUAAUCCGACAACAGAAGAUGCCCGUGAUUUAGUAUUUGUGGCACAAAUGCCACAUAUGAGAGAUGGAAUACAAUUAGAAUACUCUCCUCUUUUUCAAUUUUUGUUGGGAUAUUUAGAUGUUGAUUUUGAAUUUACACCAGAAACUAAACCUGUUGAAAAAUCUGUUUUAAUGGAAUUUGAAGUGAGAAUAGGUUAUAAAGAAAAGGGAGAGGGUAGGCCUGAAAAUUGGAAAGAAUUAUUACCUGUUCAGAGAAUAAGGAGAACUACAGAAUGCCUAAUUGAUGAAAAUCAACAUCCCGGUUUAUCUUUCAAUUGUUCACUUUUAAGCUCUGUUCAACAUCCAUUUUAUCUUUUAAAUAUUCGAAUCCCAGCCAAUCAAAGCCUUUGCUUUUCUAAACAUUUUAAAGGCCCUAAUUGUGCAUUUCCAGGCCCUUUACGUGAACUUAGAUUAAUUAUAAUUCAUCAAAAUGGGGGGUUUACUCUUGUUUGGCUAUUUUUAAAAACAAUUUUAUUUCCUUUGGUUUUUGUAAUUCUUCGUUGGUAUUGGAAAAGAAUUAAAUGUUUGCCUAGAAAUGCUGUUUUAGUUGAAAAGGCAAUUGCUGUUUUGGGGGUUUCUUUGCUUAUUCUUGAUUUUCCAAUAGAAUGGUUAUCUCUUUGGAUAAAUUUGCCCGCUAUUUUAUUAAUUAGCGAUAUUAGACAAGGAUUAUUUUAUGCAAUUCUUUUUUCUUUUUGGUUAAUAUUUUGUGGGGAACAUUUAAUUGAUGAUCCAGCAAGAAAUAAUUUGUUUAAUUAUUGGCGUAAUUUGUCUCUAGUAUUAAUUUCAUGUUUUUCAUUACUUAUUUUUGAUAUUUGUGAAAGAGGCCGUCAAUUAUCUAAUCCAUUUCAUUCAAUAUGGUCAUCAGAAGAUGGUUAUCCAAAUAUUGCUUUUGUUUCUAUUUUUCUUGGAAUUUUGUCAAUUUUUAUUUAUUUUGUUUUUCUUUGUUUUAAAGUUUAUAAAGUUUGGAUUGGAAUUAGAUCUAAACGUGAAGCACAAUUAUAUAAUUUAAGUGAAUCCCGUCGUUUUCGUGUAGAAAAUGUAAUUUAUCGUUUUAAAUUUUUGAUGAUUUUAACUAUUUUUUGUGCAUUUACAACAAUUUUUGCAUAUUUAAUGCAAAGACAAAAUGAAGAAAAUUUUAAUUUUUUUGAACCAGAAGAAUUUGAAUUAAUUGAAAAUAAAGAGGAGGGAGAAAAUAAUUAUUAUUUAAAUCAAACAUUUUUAAAAAAAUUAAUUUCAAUCUCAGCAAGUGCUUUUUUAAUUGGAAUUUUUGGACAGUGGAAUUUAUAUGUUUUGUUAUUAUUAGCUUUAUAUGCACCUUCACAUAAACAUUUUAAUAAUUUAAAUUUACAAGGUGCUUUUAUAUUUAAAAUAAAUAUUCUUAACUAUUAUGGGUAA